AUCUCUUCUCCCCGCAGGACCUAGACAGGAGUAUAUAUAGGACUCUGCUCCCCGUCCUCAACAUCAUCCUCUGCUGAUCCUCGAUACCGUCAACAUGAAGCUGGUACUCUUCGCCUGCCUGGCCGCCGUCGCCUUCGCCGCUCCUCAGGGAGACCAGAAACCCAUUGUUGAGAUCAUCAAAGACGAGCGCAGCGACUCUGGCGACGGCAACUUCAACUACGCCUUCGAGGCCGAUAACGGCAUCAGCAUGUCCGUCUCCGGCACUCCAGGUGCUGAGGGUCAGUCCAACAUGGAGGGAGUCUACAGUUUCAUCCUCCCUGACGGCACCACUGCUGAGGUCCGUUUCACCGCUGACGAGAGAGGCUACCUGCCCGUAUCUGACCUGCUGCCCACAUCUCACCCCCUCCCCGCCCACGCAAUCGAGCAGAUCCGCUUCGCCGAGGAGCAGCGAGCUGCCGGCGUCACCUUCGAGUAAGAUGAACCAUCCUUCGAGGACCAGAUAAUUUCCCUGACUCUUAGGAUCAUGUCAUUAAAAAACUCUCCAGCACAAGUAUUCUCAAACAAACCUUUUUUGUGUCUUCCACUAUGGUGGUUACGCCAGACGUACGUUCCCCAGUCUACUGUCAGCAGUAGCGUUCCUUUAUGAUCUUGAACUAAAGUUCCUUCAUACUCCUGUACACAACUGUACCAAACACAUCUGAUGUACUACAGCGCCACCCAUGGAGUCAGCAGGAGUGUACUAGCCUUCUCUCUCCUGUUUAUAUGUACAAGAUUAUCACUUGUUGAUUCUUCUAUCUAGAGAAUUGUUGUCCUGGAACCAAUAAAAAUGCAUUUGUUUAUCUCCGUUAA